CAUACCCGGGCCGCUAUGUUCGGAAACUUUCUCUGCUACUCCCGCUUCCACCCUCCCAAACAGCGUGUCCAUCUCCUGCCCCCUGAGCUGCUUCUCUGGCUCUUCCCCCAGAGUCCUGAUACGAGGCCGAUUCUGGGUCUAGACGUGGGGUGCAACUCCGGGGAUCUGAGAGUGGCUCUAUACAAAUAUUUCCUUGCCCUACGUGAUGGGGAGACCUCCUCGGAUGCCUCAAGAAAGCUCCGUUUCCUCUGCUGUGACAUAGAUCCAGUCCUGGUGGCUCGUGCUGAAAAAGAAUGCCCCUUUCCUGAUGCCUUGACCUUUAUCACCCUGGAUUUCAUGAAUCAAAGGACCCGGAAAGUUUUCAUAAACUCUUUCUUAAGCCAGUUUGGAUGCUCCGUUUUUGAUAUUGGCUUCUGCAUGUCAGUAACCAUGUGGAUCCAUCUGAACCAUGGAGAUCAAGGUCUGUGGGAAUUUCUGGCUCACCUUUCCUCCCUCUGUCACUACCUCCUUGUGGAGCCACAGCCCUGGAAGUGUUACCGAGCAGCUGCAAGGCUUGUCUGGAAACUGGGCCUCCAUGAUUUUGAUCACUUCCAUUCCCUAGCCAUCCGAGGUGAUAUGGCAAAACAGAUUGUGUGGAUUUUGACCCAGGACCAUGGCAUGGAGUUAGUAUGCUGCUUUGGCAACACCAACUGGGAUCGAAGCCUUCUGCUCUUCAGGGCAAAACAGAGCAUAGAGACUCAUCCAAUUCCCGAAUUAUUGACUGAAGGGGAAGAAGAAAGGAACAGAUUAAGAUUCUGGAAACAGUGUGAUGGGAGGGUGUGAAGUUCAGUAAAGACAUUUAAUACUGAGGAUUAAGUUAUCUCUUUAACUAUAUUUUUAAGUAGCAUUGAAAAAUGAAACUUUGGCAAAAUGUUGUAGAAUUAAAAUUGUAAUUAUAAAAAAAAAAGAUAAGGGUUGAAACUGUGGGCCACGGGAUAUUUACAGCAUUAGA